AUGGCAGAUCAAAUAUCGGAUAACUCCGAGGACGAGUAUGAACAGCAGUACGAGGAUGAGGAACCAUUAUAUGAAGAUGAGGAGAUGGAGGGUGUCACUCAAGCAGACUGGGAUUUCGCUAUGGAUCCACUGGCUAACAAUGCGAGAAAAUUCACCAAGGACGAUGCUAUUUAUGGAAUGUGGAAUGAUAGUGGUGGAGAGGAAGAUGGACAAGAGUAUUUGCCUCGACAAGGAAAGCGAAAUAAAAAGGGUGUAGCUUUUGUAUCUUCCACAAGUACAACUUUAGAUGAUGAAAAAAAGAGUAGAAAACCUCAAAAUACGACCAUGCGAGGAGCAAGGAACGAUGGGAAGUUGAGCAAAGAUUACGCUUCUUGGGAGAAAUACACCAGCGGUAUUGGUAGUAAAUUAAUGGCUAAAAUGGGAUAUGAACCAGGAAAAGGUUUGGGGAAAGAAGGUCAGGGUUUAGUUGAACCAGUCAGGGCCACUCUGAGAAAAGGUAAAAAAGCUGGAAUGAGCUAUCAUGGUGCUGAAAAGAAAGCUCAGGCAGACAUUAGAGUGGCAAAGUUGGCAAAAGAUGCUCACAUUGAUCGGAUUGAAGGGGGUGAUGAUGAUGAAACACUUGCUAUUGAAACCCAAUCCGACCCACAGUGGAAAAAGUCCACCGAAAAAGUAAAAUAUUCAUACAAAACGGUUGAUCAAGUUUUAUCUGAAGGACUUUUCAAAGGCAAGAAGUUGGACACAAACAAAACGAAAGUUUUGGAUAUGACUGGCCCAGAAGUCAAAGAAUAUCAAGGUUAUGGCAAGAUUCAUUCACAAGCCGCUAAACCUGACCAAAACAACUUAUCAGGCAGAGUUGACCUAAAAUCCGAGUAUCUCCCAGAAUUAGUUUACAAUAUCAGCAUUCUUGUCGACAUGACUGAGUCGGACCUACUGUCUAAUCAUAAAAAGCUACAAUAUGAAAAGGAUACCAUUGUGAACCUUAAGUAUGAUAAAGAGAAAAAAGAGACUGUAAUUGACAGACAAAGAUCAGCUCUUCAUUCCCUUAUUGACAUAACACAGAUAAUUUCUGAUGUGAAAUGUAGGAUGAACCCAUCGUCAGGGGCCCCAAUCUCAUUGGAUGACUGUGAGGAUAUUUUCACAAAAAUCAAAGCGAACAAAGAAGUUUACAAGAAGUACAAUCUUAAGAACGUUGCAAUUCCUCUGCUGUAUCCUAGGUUGAAGGAAUUAAUGAAGCCAUGGCAGCCUCCAAUAAAUCCCAGCUUCGGUAUCGAUUAUUUUGUAACUUGGAGAGAGCUUUUGGAGGAAGAUCCAAAUACUGGGUGUCAGGGUGAUCUUGACCCUUUUCAUCAUCUUCUUUGGAAUGUGUGGAUGCCAUACAUCCGGCAAGCAAUGCAGAGCUGGAAUGUAAGGGACUCAGACCAGCUGAUUAAACUGAUUGAGACUUGGCUGCCUCUUUUACCAUCCUGGAUGGUCACUCGAGCAGUCUUGAAACUGAUAGAGAAGGAAAGGAAUGGGGAAGUCGUGAACAACGGCCUCAUCAAAACAGCGGUGGAAAGUUUUGUUCAGUUAGGAUUGAAAGGAAACGCCCCUGAGGCCCGAUUGUUGGUGUACUCUCAGAACUUCGAACAUCAUUUCUUAGCAGAGACGACGAGUUAUUACACCAGUGAAAGCAUGCAAUUUCUUGAACAGAAUCCCGUGCCAGAAUAUCUGAAGAAAGCACAGAAAAGGUUGAAGGAUGAGCAGGAAAGGUGCGAUAAAUACCUUAACGAAAGCACAAGAAGUGAACUAGAAAAAAGGUGUUUGCAGGUUUUAGUGGAGCAACAUCUAGAUAUAUUUUACUCCGAGUUCCAGAACCUUCUUGAUAACGAUAAAAACGAAGAUAUUGGUAGAAUGUACGAGUUAGUGUAUCGAUUAGAAGGCGGACUAAAGCAUCUCAAACAAUUGUUGGAAGAUCACAUACUGAGGGUGGGGCUGAAAGCAGUACAGAGUUGUCAGGAAUCUAAAGAAUCUGUGGAUCCUAAGAGUUACGUGCAAGCCUUGUUGGACGUACAUCGGAAGUAUAACGACCUGGUAAACAAGUCCUUUGACAAGAACUCACUAUUUGUACAGGCACUGGAUAAAGCAUGUACUGGAUUUAUAAACAAAAACUGUGUGUCCGAGGCCGCUAACAAUACAGGCAAAUCGCCUGAAUUGUUGGCAAAAUACUGCAAUCUCCUCUUGAAGAAGAGCUCUCGUAUAAACCCCGAAGAAGAAGAGUUAGAAUGUAUCUUGAACGACGUUAUGGUUAUCUUCAAAUACAUCACAGAGAAAGACGUUUUCCAGAAGUUCUACCGGAACUUGUUAGCCAGUAGACUUGUUAACGAUACCUCCGUAUCUCACGACCUGGAGGGUAGCAUGAUCUCAAAACUCAAGCAAGAAUGUGGGUUCGAGUACACGAGUAAGUUACAAAAGAUGUACACGGACACGCACACCAGUAAAGAUCUGAAUGAUAGGUUCCAGGAGUAUUGCAGUGCCAACCCUGCACCUAACGACUCACUACAAGGUUUCUCCGUAAUGGUGUUGUCGGACGGUUCGUGGCCGUACUCUCGUCCCAGUUCAGAGUUCAACAUCGCCCCCGAACUCCGGACCAUCCACGAUAGGUUCUCAUCGUUCUACGACAAGCAGCACAGUGGUCGUAAACUCAGCUGGCUCUACAGUCAGAGCAAGGGUGAGGUGGAAUGGUCGCGAGGGAAACCCAAGACUUCUCAUCGAUUCCACUGUACUACUUUUCAACUGAGUAUACUCUUCCAAUUUAACCACCGGGACUCACUCACUUUCGGCGAGCUUCAGACCAACACUAUGAUCGACAAUGACAAGCUGGAUCAGUUAGUAAAGCAGCUUGUAAGCUUCAAUGUUCUGGCGUUGUCGAAGCAGUCAGUGGAUGGUGUUACCAAGGAUACAGAAAUGCAAGUGACAGAUCUUUUACAGCUUAAUCUCAACUACUCCAAUCGUAAGAUACGAGUCAACCUGGCCCUCCCUCUGAAGAGUGAGUCUAAACAGGAAACUGAACAAGCGCACCAAAGUGUUAAGGACGAUCGUAUGCUCGUGAUCCAGGCGUGUAUUGUACGGACAAUGAAGUCGAGGAAACAGUUGAAGCACUCCUUAUUGCUAGCUGAAGUGAUGCAGCAACUUCAGAAUUUCCAGCCAAGCGUCCCUGCUAUCAAGAAAUGUAUUGGUAUACUGAUAGAGAAAGACUACAUAGAGAGGUUAGACGGAGAGAACGAUACGUACCAGUACCGAGCCUGAAUCAAGAAAAAAAAACAGUCAAAAUUCACGGUCCUCAGAAAUGAUGACAUUUAGGUUCUACAGUUGAAAUCUAUAUUAUUAAAAUUUUUACCGGAUUUGGGGUCUAUUUGACUUGAGGCUUGUUGUUUUUGUUUGUUUUGGUCCAUCUGAGGAAGCAAACACAAAAGGACCUUCGACGUUUUGAACAAUGUGUUGAGCUAUAUAGCAACAAUUUGUUUUUAAUAUUAGAUUUUUACUUUUCUAUCUAACGAGUAUCUAACUCUUAACCAAGCGUCUAAUAAUAAUAAUAAUAAGAUGUUCAGUUGUCUAAGUGGAAGAAAAGAAAGUCGUGAUAAUAAUAGCUAGGGGAGGUGUACAUAUUUUUAAGAUUUGUAAAUUGUCUUCUCUCGUUCGAGGGUUUUCUUUAAAUUUACUGUACAUUAGUCCUUCCGAUGAUUA